UUCAUACCCAUAAAUCACUUGUCUUCUAAGCCAAAAAGAGAAAUGGAAACCACCGGAAAAGCGAAGAAGGGUGCCGGAGGAAGGAAGGGCGGUGGCCCAAGGAAGAAGUCGGUUACUCGAUCCGUCAAAGCUGGUCUCCAGUUUCCCGUUGGUAGAAUUGGGCGUUACCUUAAGGUCGGACGCUAUGCUAAACGUGUUGGAACCGGUGCUCCGGUCUACCUCGCCGCUGUUCUUGAAUACCUUGCCGCUGAAGUGUUGGAGUUGGCUGGAAAUGCUGCAAGGGACAACAAGAAGACCAGAAUAAUCCCUAGACACGUCCUUUUGGCCAUCAGGAACGACGAUGAACUUGGAAAGCUGUUGGGCGGAGUUACCAUUGCUCAUGGUGGUGUUCUUCCCAACAUCCACGCCGUGCUGUUGCCCAAGAAGUCUGCUACAACAGAGCCUAAAUCCCCAUCGAAGGCUGCAAAGUCACCAAAGAAAGCAGCAAAAACUCCAAAGAAAGCUGAAUAG